CAAAAGUUUUGAACAUAUUGAUGGUCCAAAAAUUGAUUAGAUGACUUGCUUUACAAUCUUUGCUUGAAAAGCCCGAACUUCUGCGAAAGCGAAGACGUCUUUGCUCCUUGUGCUCUGUGUCAUAUCGAUCCUCUGUGACCAAGAGGCAGUGUAUACCAUUGAUCAGAAAGAAACCCACAACUCACUAGUAGUUUGAGCAGCACCUCUUUCAUCCAGUGACUCAAUUAUUAAUUUGUGCUAGUAGUAUUAUAAAUCUGUUGUAAAUUAUGGCCACCAAAGAAGACGACCUCGUUGAUAAAGACCUGAGUGAUAGUAGCAGCGGGUAUGAUGAAGGAGAAGAUGAUGAUGAAGAUGACUUCGCUCCAUCUGGAUAUGAACCAUUGGCGCAAAGCUCGGAUGAGGAUGGAGACGAUGCAGACAAUACCGAAGGAGCUGCUGCUGCAGCAGCGGCAGUACCACCAAUGGAGACAGAUCAAGCGGAUAAGAUCAAGAGUUUAAUGUCUGGAUUUUCACUGCCCGACACCGCUGUACCGGAGUGGGCCAAGAACGUGCCGGAAGACGUGUGGAAAGGGAAGCUAGUGGAGGGCAUCCACAACGAGUCUUCCAAUGCCGAGAGAAAGAAGCAGAAGAAGAAAAAGGGCCGCGCAGCCGCAGCAGCAGAGGCAAGCGCUGCCAUUGGUGACCAGUCCAUGCUGUUUCCUGCUCAAGACACCGCGGCAAGUGCAAUGCCAGCGGAGCGAAAGCGUAGGCUAAGCUUCAGUCAGGAUGAUGAUGACCUGAUAGCAAGAGUACAGAAUGAAGUAGGGCUGCAGAAUGGGAGUGACAGUGCAGCUACUGCAGCCUCGAAUGGAGACUCAGCGCAGCUCUCAGCUGUAGAUAAUCCACAAACAGAUGAGUGCGACAACAAUGCACCAACAGCAACUGCUGAAGAGGAUGCCAGUUAGCGCCACUGAGUGCGGUAGCAGUGGUUAGAGCGAUGCUGCCAACAGCCAAGACAAUCUUUGCUAUAACCGUGUGUGUGUGCGCGUGCGUGUGUGUGUGUGUGCGCACGCGUGCUUACGUGUGUGUGUGUGUGUGUGUGUGUGUGUGUGUGUGUGUGUGUGUGUGUGUGUGUGUGUACCAUCAAAUCUCCCAUUCUUCUUCAUGGGAGAGCUAUUAUCUGUCUUAUUCUUCUGUUCCCUGCACAUACUAAAGUAAACAUUGAAACUACUCCUUUUAUAUAGCAUGAAUUGAUAUACUCAUUUGGUUAGUGUGUAUCUUCACAUACCACAAGCAACAAAAGUUAUCCGACCUUGUAGGGGAGAGACUAUUGGUGCUUUUCACAAAUUUGGUAUCUCUUUUGAGCACUGACAAAGCAAACCGUUGAGCAACAAAUUAAAAAAAAUUGUAUAGAACAUCUUUCUCAUCUCACCAGAACUUAUACGUACAUUGUACAAUCAUGAUUGAUGUUGAACAUUUAAUUUCCAGCGCUGCUCAAGAAAUCAAGGCUUAAUUUCGCAUGGUGUAUUCCAUAAUUUGAUCGCCUUUCUUACAUAACGCUACUACUAGCAUCAACAGUCUAAAAAAUGAGAUAUCGCUUUCAUUGAA